AUGCGUAUACCCGCGUGUUAUGCGCCGCUUCAAGUCGACCCAAAGAUUGACUUUCCUAGUCUUUACGAGGAAUUGGUCGGGACAUUCCCGAAGCCAGAGCCAGUCGUCACGAUCGCAAACACCGACACGGCCAGGAACUUGCCGAGGCCCCGCCAAUACUUUGCGUACUUCUCGCCAGCGCAGUGGCGACGCUCCCAAGAGAUUUACGAACAGUACAAGGGAUUAUACGACAAUGGCCAGAUGAGGACGUACGCGGAUGACGGCUGGAAGGUAUUUGUGUAUACUACGCCAUACGAUGAAGAGCCCUUGUCUAUAUGGGUAGGGGCGAAACCUCUUCAACUAGUUGCGCAGAGACAAAGACGUCAAAGGAUAAGGAGCCUGAAUAUCCCCGACAGUACGAAGAGUCCGCUGAGCGAGGAACUCGUCGAAGCGGCUACCAUCAAGCCCUUCAAGAUUGAGAAGUUCGACUGGCGUAAGCUCGAUAUUAACCUGGAUAUCCUUAGCCAGUCGGAGCACAGCUCCCACUUCAAAGGCAUCACCUUGUACUCCAGCGGAAACUAA